CCUCCGGCGCCCCCGCGCUGCCGCACUGCAUGCCGGGAGUCGUAGUUCCGGCUGGAGGCACCCGGAAGGACGGAAGGGCCCCGGAGUCUAGCCAGCUCUGUCGCUGGUGGAGGUCGCGUUCUUCCUGUGGCUCUCUUUCGUUCUCUCCGGCGUAGCCUUAUAGCUCAAGAUGGCGGCCUCCUGGUCGCCCUUGGUUACCCUGCGCUUAGUGCAGAGCCGGCUGAGAGGGAGAUGUGUUGGGUGCCGGGCCUGGGCUGCUGCUCUCGCCCCUCCGGCCACCGCCCCAGGAACUACCUUUUGGAAAGAUGAAAACUUAAGAAUUGGGGGAGAAGAAACCCAACUCUUGCUCAGCUCCGGUCCUUGGGAACACAGUUUGGGCCAAGACACAGACAGGGACAGGAGCCAAAGAGAGGUUCUCCUGUGCAGAGAGCCAGGUACCACCUAUACAGUUCAGACCCCUGAGAUUACAUCUCCAACUGCGGCUACAGAGGUUUAUUCAAAAGCUUUGGCUGUUUGCCAUGGACCACUGGACCACUAUGACUUUCUGAUUAACACUCAUGAGCUAAAGAAUGAUGAGAAUCAAAGAAGAGUCAUACAGUGUUUGCAGAAAUUACAUGAGGACCUUAAAGGAUACAGUAUAGAGGCAGGAGGCCUUUUUUCAAAGCUUUUUUCAAGGAGCAGACCUCCAAGAGGCCUAUAUGUUUAUGGAGACGUUGGUACAGGGAAAACAAUGGUGAUGGACAUGUUUUAUACUUAUGUGGAGAUGAAGAGGAAGAAACGGGUUCAUUUUCAUGGGUUCAUGCUAGAUGUUCAUGAAAGAAUACACCGCCUUAAACAGAGUUUGCCAAAAAGAAAACCAGGAUUCAUGGCUAAAUCAUAUGAUCCAAUAGCUCCCAUAGCUGAAGAGAUCAGUGAAGAAGCAUGUCUCUUAUGUUUCGAUGAAUUUCAGGUCACUGACAUUGCUGAUGCCAUGAUUCUGAAACAGCUUUUUGAAAAUCUGUUCAAAAAUGGGGUCGUCGUUGUGGCAACAUCCAACAGGCCACCGGAAGAUCUCUAUAAAAAUGGACUCCAAAGAGCUAACUUCGUACCAUUCAUUGCUGUUCUAAAGAAAUACUGUAGUACGGUCCAGCUAGAUUCUGGGAUUGACUACCGGAAAAGGGAACUUCCUGCUGCAGGAAAACUCUACUAUCUCACAAGUGAAGCUGAUGUGGAGGCUGUCAUGGAUAAGUUGUUUGAUGAGCUGGCUCAGAAACAAAAUGAUUUAACUAGACCAAGGAUUCUAAAAGUGCAAGGCAGAGAGCUGCGGCUGCAUAAAGCGUGUGGAACUGUCGCUGACUGCACAUUUGAAGAGCUGUGUGAGAGACCACUUGGAGCCAGUGACUAUCUGGAACUGUCAAAGAAUUUUGAUACAAUAUUCCUACGAAACAUUCCACAAUUUACGCUUGCAAAGAGGACACAAGCUCGAAGAUUCAUAACCCUCAUUGAUAACUUCUAUGAUUUCAAGGUGCGCAUCAUUUGCUCAGCAUCGACUCCUAUAGCAAGCUUAUUUUUGCAUCAACAUCAUGACAGUGAGUUGGAGCAAAGCAGAAUACUGAUGGAUGAUUUGGGGCUGAGCCAGGACUCAGCAGAAGGACUCUCUAUGUUUACUGGAGAAGAGGAGAUCUUUGCAUUUCAGCGCACGCUUUCCCGACUCACGGAAAUGCAGACUGAGCAGUACUGGAAUGAAGGGGACAGAAGCAAGAAGUAACCAUUGCUUCUGCAUGAAUAGAACUCUGGACACAUGAUUACGGCAGGGAGAACUCUUUUUUUUAUGGGACUUGAAGGAAUCAUUUUUCUCAUCAUUAAUUAUGCACUUUGUCCUCUGGACCAUUUUUAUCUCAAAGUGCUCUCAAAGAUGGACUGGAUUAGUAAGUUAAAGCCAUUUUUAUAGGUUUACUUUUUGCCUAUUUAUUUGGCUUUAUUUCUGCACUACAAAAUUAAAAUCAUCACUCCUGAAGAUUAAUGUAGGACCAGACAUUUUGGCUUCAUAUUAAGCCACCUGAAUAACACACACACACACACACACACGCGCGGCUAAAUGCAGUGUCGUUCUGGACCUCUCCAAGCUUUGGCUACAUGGUAGCCAUCUGAUACAAACAUGCCUUUUAUGAGAGGGAGAAAAACCCUACAUUUCAAUACAAAGCAGAGGAACUUUCUGAUUCUAUUAUAAACUAAAGAGAACACCAUUUUAGAAUAUGGUCUUAUCCAUGUGAUUUUGGGGGGCCAUAAAUUAUACUAAAUCUCCUAGGCCUCAGGUUUCCUCACAACUGAGAGUAUGUCUUUUACCCUGAGAUCAAGCUUGGCAGGCAGGACCAGAUCUUCAGUGGACACAGAGUUGCCUGAAAAAAUUGGGGAUUACGACACCAGUAGAAUAAAGCAGCAUGGGUGUCAAAUUCUAACCAACAGGCAGAGCCCGCAAUGCUGACUGACAGUAGGAGGACAGAUCCCAGGAAAAGGGGCCAGUGAAAGCGAGUCAGGAGGAGACAGAGUCCUGGACACACCAGCAGCAGAGUGGAUUCCAGUUCAUCUGAGGCCGGCAGGACCCCCGUGGACGGGAGCCUCCUUCCCACGGCUCAGACGCAUUUGCUGUGCUUGCAGAACCCCACCGUCCACCCUUGCCUCUGCUUCUGUGAUGAGAUGAAUUUAAUAGUAAAUAGGGAAGAACACUUGAUGAACCUACUUAAAUAAAAUCUGACUUGUCCUUCAUUGAGGCCAUUCCAUGAUUCAUUCAAGUGCCACCUGACUUUGCUAACUCUUACCACAGAAGGUGUCUUAGUUGAGGCUGUUACAAGAGUCUAAGUCCCUCUUCAAGAAAAAAAGAAAAAAGGAAGAAUGUGACAUCUUAUAAAGUGUUGUGAAAAUCACAUAUUUUUUGGGGGGUAGGCCCAGUUCAAAUAAAAUGGUUACAGCUGUCAACAUAAGUAAGCUCUUCGAAUCUAUUUAAUUUGUAAGUGAAUAGUCUAUCCGCAUUAGUCUAUUUUGGACGUUAACCUAAGUCAAGCAGAUUGAUGGAUAGGGUACCCAAGUAUAGAGAAAAGUUUAAAUCAUGGCUUCUGAAAAUUAAAUGGGGGUUUAAAAACAUUAAAAUUUUCUAAAACUGAAGUACAGUUGACACAAUAUUACUUCAGUUUCAAGCAUAUGGCAUGAUUCAACAAGUCUGUACAUUCUGCUGUGCUCCCCACAGGUGUAGCUCCUGCCGCUCUGCACCCGGCGCUAUUUCAGUACCAUUGACUGUGGGCCCUACGCUGUGCCUUUUCAUCCUGUGACUUACUCAUUCCCUAACUAGAAACCGGUACCUCCCCUUCCCCUUCACCCGUUCUGCCCCCCCCCCCCGGCAGCCAUCAGUUUGUUCUCUAUAUUUAUGGAUUUGUUUCUGCUUUUUGUUUGUUUCACAUAUAAGUGAAAUCACGUGGCCUGACUUAGUUCACUAGCAUGAUAUCCUCCAGGUUCAUCCAUGUUGUCGCACAUGGCAAGAUCUCAUCCCCUUUUAUGGCUCAGUAUAAAAAUACCUUUACUGAGGUGAGACAAAAAAGAGUUCAAAAGAGCCACAUUUAUUGCUAGACAUUUACAUGAUCUCAGAAAAAAAAAUUUAUCCUUGAGAGUUAUGUAAUUGUCCCUGUUUAUCGAUAAGGAACCAAGUCUUGGAAAAGUUAAGUAGCUGGACCUGAGAUUCACAACUAUAAAACUCACGGACUAUACCACACCACCUCUGUGAAGAAGAGAUUAUUUUAAAUAGUGAUUUUUUAAAAAAUUCCGUGAAGAUGAAUUUACAACAGAACCAUUGCUUUGAACUCUAUAAAUAUAAAAUGUGUAACUCAUUUCUAUCAAUCGUAGCUUUUUGCUUUUCACUUUUUUUUGUUUUUUUUUUUUUUUGCUUUUUACAUUUCUUUGGCAAUUAUGCUGUAUCUUAGUAAAGAGACAGUAGGAAUGGAUGGACAAACAGAUGGACAGGCUGAUUGAUAGAAACAGGAACUGUCUCUGAGUGUGUUGGGUGUAUGUGAAAUAGUCCCCACUCAGGUUCUUUUGUAAAAGUUCAGUUGAGGUCAGGUAUUUGGACCUAGGUUUUAAUUUUUCCAUGGAAACAAUGAUGUGAUAUUAGGGCCCUGGCUCAAUGCACAGAAGCCCACACGAUUCUCAGUGCAACUGCCCCAAAUUUUGGUACUAAAGAACUUAAACUUUUAAAUAUUGUUUCUGUAGGGCAAAACUACAGUUCUGGUUUCACCUGAGCACCUGGAUCAUGUCCCUGCUUCUGUCCCGUCCCCUAUGCCCCACGUUCUCCUGGGCCUGGUAGGAUAGGCUGUAGUGAAGGGGCUGUCUGAGCUGGGAGUGGGGGAGGGGAGUUCCAUGGUGGCUGGAAAUGGUACAUCUUUAUCCCCAUCUCUUCUCCACAAAGUCUGUUUCAUAAAACAGCCUGCAAGAAAGAGAAACAAAAGUCGUAAAGAAUAGCUAUUACAAAAACAAAAAAAAACAAACAAAAAAACUGUUACCAGGAAACAAUAUGGUACUAAAAGAAAAUUAAUGCCAAAAUGAGACAUGAAAAACAACUUUUAGAUUGGAAAGCAGUGUUUCAAUUCAUGUGUUUUUCUUCCAAGUCCUGUCCCUAUUACAUUCUCAACAUUCCAGUCUUUCUCCCUGGGGUUGCAUGAAAUCUCUCAGAGCAAAUGCUCUCUCUCUUUCUCUCUCUCUUUUUUUUAAUGCUUUAAAUUGAUACUUGAAGACGGGCAUUUGAGCUGAGUGUUGCUGUGGAAUAUUCCCAAUUGCCUAGAAACUCAGACCGAGGAAAUCUUUAGAGUCGGGAAAAUGCCCAGGGCACCCUCCGAAAUGAUCCCUAAUUUCCAAACUUGGAAGAAAUUAAAUGGAGAAAAAGGAAAGCUUUUCUUUAAAAAGGAGAAAGAAAAAUCUGAUCAUUGCAUUAUUCUUGCCGGACAGGCUUAUGUGCCAACACUGGUAAUAAUGAAAAGAAAAACAUGGUGGACUUAAAGAAUUUUUAACCUAUUUCUUAUGUUUAUAAAAUGUAAAAGACUCUAGUACCAUUCUAAUCAAAUUUAUGCAUUUUCAGUGGGAUUUCAAAUUUUAGUCAUAAGGAAAUAUUUUAAUCUUCCUAAAGUACAUUUUUUUGUACCCGUAAGUGUACAAAUAACAUAAUAUUUAAAUUACUGAAAAAAAUUAAGAUUUCACUUGUAAAAUACAUAAAUGGAUGUGCUCAGAUCCAUUUAUUUAUUUAACAUUAUUUAAGAAACACAUAGUGCUGGGCGCCUGGGUGGCUCAGUUGGUUAAGCGACUGCCUUCGGCUCAGGUCAUGAUCCCGGAGUCCCGGGAUCGAGUCCCGCAUCGGGCUCCCUGCUCGGCGGGGAGCCUGCUUCUCCCUCUGACCCUCACCCCUCUCAUGUGCUCUCUCUCAUUCUCUCUCUCUCAAAUAAAUAAAUAAAAUCUUUAAAAAAAAAAAAAAGAAACACAUAGUGCUUACUGUGUGCUGGGCAUGGUUCUAAUGCUUUGUACAUAAACUCUUUUGAUCCUUAUAACAGUCCUGUGAGCUAGGUACUGCUCUUACCACUUUACACACAGGGAAGCCGAGGCACAGAAGAUGGUAAAACAACAUACUGAAUUGCUAACAUGUACAUGGGAGCCGUAAACUUACCCACAUACUAAUUUAUGAAGCUUUCCAUGUAACUGCUUCAGUCCUGAAAACAGUCUCCCUAGUCCAAGUACUUGAACUUACACUUGUAGCCCCUUCAUCUGGAAUAGAAGCACCCAGAGACAUUGGGGUCCUGGGGCCCUGACAUUUGGGUUCCUGACUGAUUGCCAGAACCUGGCAGCAAGUCUGUAACGAGUGAUGUCGUGAUCUUGGAAAUUAUCCUCAUCAGAUCUGCUAACUUGUCAGACAUCCCUUGCUGGUAGAAAAAGAUUUUCUUUGGAGAUGGAGUUUACACCUUUUUCUUAAGGCAGAAUUGAGAUUUGUUUUUCCCAUUGGCAUAGCAGUUCAUUUUCCUGGAACAUAAAAUUAAAACUAAUAAAAUCUGUCCUCUUGUUGAAUGUCUGCUGACUGUCCAGCUUCGCACUGGAAACUUCUCAUCUGUUACCUCAGCCGGCCACUCAGCCCGGUCGAACUUGUCUACUGACCUGUCGUCUGUGACAGUGUGAAACUCCAGAGGAUAUCUGUCUUUCCUGCUUGCUUACGAAGUCUUCCAGAGGUUGUCCUGAGAAUUUUCCUGCCUCUGGGCUGUACUUUUUGGGUCCCAAGGGGUUGACUGCUGGUCUCUGUGCUCUGCCUGUUCUUCUCAUCUGAGCACAAUGGGAAGGGUGCAGGAUCUGGUUCUGCCAACUUUUGAUCUCUGAGCCUCAGUUUUCUCGUCUAUAAAUGAGAACAGUGAUACCCAUUUCCUAGAGUUAUUCUGAGACUAACUGGUGAAGAGUACUUUGCAAAUGGUAAAAGGUUAAGUGAAGAGUAGCUGUUAUUGAUACUAAUAAUGAGGAUCAUAAAGCAAUAAUAAAUGCCAACUCUGCUUUGCAUUAUAGCCUUUGAGGAAUACAAAACAGUAGAUGACACAUCCCGACCCAAUACGGUUUCUAGCAGAAGGGAAAAGAGACGCAUUAAAUGGCUAGACCCAAGGGCACAGAAUUCUGGCUUAAUGAGAUGCUGUGAAGAUUGUCAAAUUCAAAUGUAUUCUUUCAGGACUAGAGAGAAAAUAGACUUGCCUGUUCGGCGAACAUCGAACAUUUCCCGGAAAGAGAGCUCCAUCUUGUGGUCAGUGGGAUGAACUGACAGAAAAAAAGUCCAAGAAUCCCACAGGGUUGGAGAACAGGGGCUCUCCCAGCCGCAUGCUCCCAGACCCGGGUCCCACCCGGGGAGAGCCUGAUGCACUUGGUCAGAGUGGGGUCUCAGGCCCAGUAUCUGUUAAUGCUCCCAUGGGAUUCUAAUGGCCAGCGAGGGUUGACAACUGCCCGUCAGGAGCUUGUGCCCAUGACCGCACGGCCAGGAAGAACAUGGCGUUGAGCCUGGGUCUCCGGACUCCCAUAACAGGCCACUUCCCAGGGAGCAAACCCUGUGGCUUAGAGGCCUUUGAGCCCAGGUCAUGGCGUACGAGGGCGUCUCGGGGCCUCCCUGCUGCCUCCCAGGGCCUGCUCUCCUCCUUCCUCCUAUCAGGUUUUAUGCACUCCUUCCAUUGUGAUGCGAUACAUCAUGUAGCUUCCAGAAAAGUCAACUGUAUACUUGUGAGGGAGAGUGAGAAAGGUCCAGAGUGAAUCAGUGAUAUUAUGAAAAAUAGUUUUACCCUCAACAGUCUCACUGGAAGAAACUUUGGACUACACUUGGACAAGGUUGAGUUUAUUGCUAAAGGGAUAAAGGAUUCCUGGGAGCCCAGUGGGGCCCAGUGCCCAAGAGCUGGUGUAGGGAACCGGACUGGGGAGAGGGCACCGAGCAUGGAGACGGGGUGGGGCUAAGCCAGAUGGGAAUCUGAAUACAGGAGAAGAUGGUGGCCAGUCUACCUAAUGAAACCUCUCUCUCCCUCUCUCCAGCCAGCUCUAACUUCCUCAUCACCAAGGGCAGAGCCCUGGCUUUAGUCGCCAGUAGCUCCUGCUGUUCUCAAGCACUUGGCACUUCGCCACCCCAGCCCCACCCCUACAGCUCUCUCUCCUUGAGCUGCCCUGAACCAAUACUUGGUUCUCCUCCUGCCUCUUAGGUCCUCCUUCUCUGAACGCUUCUGGCUCCUUUUCCUUUUUCUCGCCCCCUAAGUUCUUUCUUGAACCCAUUAAAAAUGGUGAUUAUAAAAAGACCCAAUAUUAUACAAAAUGCUUUCACACCUAUCAUCUUCAUAUUCUCUUCCUGAUUCCCACAGCUACAAAUACCACCCAAUGCCGAUAAAUCCCAAGUGCGUAUCCCCAUCCCUGACUUUCCCCAAUCUUCUGCUCUCUAUUGCUGGCUGCCUACUGGAUCUCUCCUCCUGAAUGUUCUGUCAAUUCGGUAUGUCAACCCAGUCUUCCAAGUCCACAAUAUCUUCUUGCAAUGAUAUCAUCCCAGGCACUCAUGCAGCCGCAAUACACGAUGAAUUGGCAAGGGCCAGUGAUGCCGGGAAAAGAAGUAAUAGACAUUAGAAGCAUGUUGAUACCUGCUUGAGAAAUGGUUCAAGCAAGUAUUUGUACAGGACCAGACCUGAUACGUGGUUAAUUAUCGGAAUGAGUAGCAAAUGAACAAUCUGAAGAUAGGAGCGGUUUGAGCAAACAUGAUCCCAAGCCCUCUGGGCCUGUCCUGAGUUUCCACAGGAACUGAGUUAGGUCUGGUGUCUCCCGCAUCGUCCUUAUUCACCCUGGGGCUGAGGAGAGUUUGGAGUCUUACAGAAGGACGCUGGCCUUCAGGAGUACAAUAGAUAGUUGAUAGUUCUCAUUCCUCUUAUUCAUUCUCUAACUGAAGGAAUGAAGAGUUUCUUAUGGUGAGGCCCUCUGCCAGGUGCUAUGUGGGAUAUGACGAUGUAAAUGCUUACAAAAUUGUGGUUAUUUUGAUAAGGGAGUCUGUGUGUUGACUCAACUGUUCCUUAAGGAAAUCUCUCCAAUUAAAAUCAAAAUAAAAACUAGAACUGGGCAGGGACGAGCCAUACUUGUUGAGUGUCCCCAAAUCUUAGCUAAGACAAAGACUUGAUUCAUGUUUGGGGAUUCAGAUAAUAAACUCAGAAAAUGCUUGGAAUCUAGAUGAUCUGGCUUGUCACACUUCAUGUUCUUAUCUUCAGCCUGCAUCUCCCCUCUGCUUCAGCUCUGCCUCCACAGUUCAGACACCCUCCUCCAUUCCCUGCCAGAAAGGGAUACUCUAAUAGACACAAAAAUCCCUCCAAGAACUCCCCCAGGGAAGACCAAAAAGAACCUCCUUCUCCAGCUUUGGCAGAUGUUACUGGAACUUGCCCAUUGUCCAGUUCGCCUUUCCCUCCAAGCUUAUGGGAGGAUCACACCUCCUGGCCCCUCCACAGUUAGACAAGGCCAUGUGAUUAAGUUCUAAACAAUCAGUUGUGAGCAGAAAUGAUGUGCCGUGUCGCUUCCAAGGUGAAGCACUCAUUAGUUGGUUUGAAAUCUUCUAGACUGCUCUUCUCUUGCCAUGGAAAACAUAGAAAUAUAUUAAGACAGAUAUAGCCAAGAUGAAAGUAGCCUGGGGGCACCUGGGUCGCUCAGUCGGUUAAGCAUCGGACUCUUGAUUUCCACUCAGUUCAUGAUCUAAGGGUUGUGAGAUCGAGCCCCAUGUUGGGCUCUGCAUUCAGCAUAGAGUCUGCUUGGGAUUCUCUCCCUCUCCCUCUUCUCUUGCUCUCUCUCUCUCAAAUAAAUCAAGAAAGAAAGAAAGGAAGGAAGAAAGAAAGAAAGGAAGAAAGAAAAGAGAGAAAAAGAAAGUAGCUUGGAAUGCUGAGCCACCACAUGGAAACCCGUGGUGAAUGUUGCAUGAGCAAGGAAUACAAUUACAUUCUGAUAAGCCAUGGAGAUUUUUGUGCUGCUUGUGUAUUGCAGCAUAAACCAGCCUCUUUUGAGUAGGUACCAGCCAUCCCCCAGGCCACCUCUUUUCAUUUUUGUUAAUUGUCUGAGGACGGCACUCUUCCCUGAGAAUUCAUACUAAGAAUGGCUUCUCUCUUCAGCUCUAUCUCCACAUCCACCUGCUGGUCCCCUGGGAGGGCGGAGCAAUGUCAGCUUCUCUCUAUAUUCUUCCAAACUCCAACAUUCAUACAUAUGCUAUAACUGUCCUCACCAGCCCCACCUCAUUCCUUAAGUACUUUUUAAAAUACUUGCUAUCAAAAUAAAUAAAUAAAUAAAUAAAUAAAUAAAUAAUAAAAUACUUGCUAUCUUUUUAAUACUUUCUUCUUGUGUGUGUUCAUGGCCACAGUGAACACAUUAAGUGGACAGGUUCAAAUUUAUCCUAUGACUUUAAAUCCAUCCUCGCUUGCACUCUCGUGGCUAAGAAAGCUUCUUCAAGUUAUUUAAUGCUUGGAGUUCAGUCAUCAGUUGCUUAAAACUUUAAGUAGCUGCAAGUUAUAAAAACCAUCUGCUCAAGUACAAAGUCUGUACCCAGGGAGAACCAUUUUCAGAGAUGAAACCCAUCCAACCAAAGAAGAAAAGAUAUGGCAUAAAAUCAAAAAGCACUAGAGCAUAUGCUUAUGCUGAUUCAUAUGGAAUCCAAUCGCUUCAUUCAUCCAGUGGGGUAGGAAUCCAGAGGCGACCUGAUAGAAGGGCCAGGUGGGAAGAACUGAGCACGUGGUUAGGAGUCAGGAUCCAUCUGAGACCCUGUACUGCUCAACUUGGGUACGUCAUUUAACAUUACUCUUUGGGACUCAUCUGUGAUGUUUUCCUGUGAAGCUCUGACAUUUUAUCAUUUGGUUCAGGAGUGUACAGAUAUAAGUGGCCAAUAAGCUCAUGAAAAAAUGCUCAAUAACUCAUUAGGAAAUGCAAAUCAAUAUCACAACGAUACCGCUCCACACCAGUGCGAUGGCUAGAAUCAAAGAGAAAAACAAAAUAACAAGUGUUGAGCAGGAUGCAGAGAAAGUGGAACCCUCAUACAUCACUGGUGAUAAUGUAAAAUGGUGCAGCUUUCGAAAAUAGUCCGGCAGUGCCACAAAAUGUUAAACAUGAAGUUACCCCAGAACCCAGCAAUUCUUCUCCCCUUUGUAUCUAUCCAAGAGAAAUGAAAGUAUAUGUCCCCACAACAACUUGCACAUGAAUGUUUAUAAUCUCAUUCGUAUUAGCCAGAAAGUGGAAACACAAAUAUCCAACUGAUGAAUGCAUACACAUUACAUGGUACAUCCAGACAAGGGAUUAUUAUCCAGCCUUUAAAAAAUGAAGUCUUGAUACCUGCUGCAACACGGAUGGAUGAACCUUGAGUACAGGAGGCCAAAGGAAAGAAGCCAGUCACAAUGGCCAUCUAUUAUGUGAUUCCAUGUAUAUGAAAUGUUCAGAAUCAGCAGAUCCAUGGAGACAGAAAGUAGGUCCCAGGGGUAGUGGCAGGAAUGAGAAAUAAUUGAUGAUGGAUACAGAAUCUUCCCUAGGGGUGGUUUCAGGGGAGCUGACUAUUAGAUGUCUGAAUUAUUAGAUGUCUGAAAUUCAAUUGUGGUCGUGACUGCGCCAUUCUUUCAAUAUACUAAAAACUACUGAACUGUAUACUUUGAAUGGUCGAAUUUCAUGGUAUGUGAAUUCUAUCUCAAUAAAGCUGUUAAAAUAGGGUGCAGGUAUUCACUAACCAUUUAUUCAUUCAUUCAUCAUUUACUUGCUCUCUACUCUGUGCCAGGAGCUAGGCACACCGAGGUGAAGGAGACAGAGUCCCUAG